ACAUAAAGAAAACCGUUGGUUGGGAUCAAGGGAUGCAUGGGUUAAUUAAAAGGCACGUUCUGGACAUGGCUGCUUUCCGAAUUUCCAAUAUAAUAAUGUCGGCUGUUCUUCUAUAUAACAUGUCUCAUUCCUCUCAUUUCUCCCAACUAUCAGAUUUUCUGUCAUCUUCUCCCCCUUAGAUAUCAGCUUUCUCUUGCUCCGUCUCAUCUCGGUUUCAUGAUCAAGUCGUUUUAAUUAAUAUUACAGAAACAAGUUAUAUCCAUUCUUUCAACAAAGAUUCACCGAGGACUAAUUAGGAAGAGUACACCUACACCACCGUCCGGCCGAUAUCAUCAACUAUGUGGAAGCUAAAGGUGGCUGACAGUGAAGGUCCAUUUAGCAAAUGGCUCUUCAGUACUAACAAUUUCGUCGGAAGACAGACUUGGGAGUUCGAUCCUGAGGCUGGCACUCUUGAAGAACGGGAUGAAGUCGAGAAAGCUCGUGAUGAGUUUUACAGGAACCGUUUCGAAGUUAAGCCCUGUGGGGAUGUUCUUUUGCGUCUACAGCAAUUAAGAAACAACAAAAGCAAGUUUGAUUUAAGCAUACCACCAGUGAAGUUAAGUGACGACGAAGAAAUAACCUAUGAGGCAACCGAAACUACAUUAAAGAGAGGAGUUCAGUUCUUUUCAGCGCUACAAUUGGAUGAUGGACACUGGGGUGCUGAUAUUGGUGGUCCUAUGUAUUUCAUGCCACCCUUGGUAUUUGCGCUGUAUAUCACGGGAUCGCUACAUACUAUGUUAUCGACCGAACAUAUAAAGGAGACUCUGCGUUACAUGUAUUGUCACCAGAACGAAGAUGGGGGCUUUGGGUUUCAUAUUGAGGGUCAUAGUACCAUGUUUGGUACUACUCUUAACUACAUUUGCAUGCGGAUAUUAGGAUUAGGGCCCGAAGAUGGUCUUGACAAUGCUUGUUCAAGAGCAAGAGAAUGGAUUCUUGAUCACGGUGGUGUAACAUCGAUACCGUCGUGGGGAAAGACAUGGCUUUCGAUACUUGGAGUGUACGAGUGGGAAGGGUGCAACCCAAUGCCCCCGGAAUUUUGGCUUCUUCCUUCGGUGUUGCCUAUGCAUCCUGCAAAGAUGUGGUGUUAUUGUCGAUUGGUUUACAUGCCAAUGUCUUAUUUAUACGGGAAGAGGUUUGUCGGUCCAAUCACCGAUCUCAUCUUGUCGCUCAGAGAGGAGCUUCAUGUUCAACGUUACGAUGAAAUAGAAUGGAACAAAACACGCCAUGAGUGCGCUAAGGAGGAUCUCUACUAUCCGCAUCCUUUAGUCCAGAAUAUGAUAUGGGAUUCUCUGUACCACGUAACCGAACCAAUGCUAACAAGGUGGCCUGGUUCUAUUCUGAGAGAAAGAGCUUUAGAAGUUACGAUGAAGCACAUUCACUACGAGGAUGAGAACAGCCGUUACAUUACUAUUGGUUGCGUAGAGAAGGCAUUAUGUAUGCUUGCUUGUUGGGUGGAAGAUCCGAAUUCGGAGGCAUUCAAGAAACAUCUUGCAAGGGUUCCGGACUACUUGUGGGUUGCGGAAGACGGGCUGCGCAUGCAAAGCUUUGGAAGUCAAAUGUGGGACACUGGUUUUGGGGUUCAAGCCCUUUUAGCUAGUGAUCUUAAUGACGAAAUCCGUUCAACCCUUAAGAAAGGACAUGAAUUUAUAAAAGCUUCACAGGUUAAAGAUAAUCCUUCUGGAGAUUUCAAAAGCAUGUACCGGCACAUUUCUAAAGGUUCCUGGACUUUCUCGGAUCAAGAUCAUGGAUGGCAAGUCUCAGAUUGUACUGCAGAAGGACUGAUUGGUUGUCUAUUAUUCUCACAAAUGUCACCUGAGAUUGUUGGUGAAAAAAUGGCGAAUGAACGACUGUAUGAUUCCGUUGAAAUCCUUCUUUCCCUGCAGGGUCCAAAAGGUGGCCUAGCAGCAUGGGAGCCGGCAACGUCACAUGAGUGGUUGGAGGUUCUUAAUCCAACUGAGUUCUUUCAGGACAUUGUUGUUGAGCAUGAAUACGUGGAGUGCACUGCAUCAGCAAUUCAAGCUCUUGUGAUAUUUAUGAAGUUACAUCCUGGACACCGCAAGAAAGAGAUCGAAACUUUCAUUGCAAAGGCAGUUCGUUACCUUGAGGAUCAACAACAUGCGGAUGGUUCAUGGUAUGGCAACUGGGGUAUUUGUUUUAUCUACGGGACAUGGUUUGCGCUACGCGGUUUAGCAGCUGCUGGAAAGAACUACUACAAUAGUCCUACCGUCCGUAAAGCCUGUGAAUUUCUGUUAUCAACACAAAGAGAAUCCGGAGGUUGGGGGGAAAGUUAUCUUUCCUGCCCAAAGAAGGAGUUCAUUCCUCUGGAGGACAACAAAACCAACUUGGUGCAUACGGCAUGGGCGUUAAUGGGUCUUAUUUACGGCGGUCAGGCACAAAGGGAUCUAACACCUCUGCAUCGGGCGGCAAAGGUUUUGAUCAAUAACCAAAUGGAGAACGGAGAUUUCCCACAACAGGAAAUUACUGGAGUGUUUAUGAAGAACUGUAUGUUGCACUACGCGGCAUUUAGAAACAUUUUCCCAUUAUGGGCACUAGGAGAAUAUCAUCGGAAAGUCCCAAUCCCAUCCCAGAAACUCCUAAAUUUAAGUUAGCAAUUUCAUGUAUGAAGUAUUUAUAAUGUCAGAUUGUAUGAAAUAAUAAGCGUUGUCCGUGUUUCAUUCUAAUGAAUGAAUUGUCAAGUGUAAAGAGUCUUGUAAACCGGACGUGUGUAUACAUAUAUCGAUUUCAAUGUUUCUAUGGAUACUUUCCAAACAUAAAUUUUUGCCCCGUAAUUUUAA